CAAUAAAAAAAUCUUAGUUAAUCCAAACGUAAAAAAAUAUAUACAUACUUGAUAUGAACUGGAACGAAACGAAGCCCAGUCGGUAAAGUGUGAAUCGAUUUAUGAAAUGAACGUAGAAAAGAAGAAGAAAAGAGAACAAAAAAGGAAUAUAUGAAGCACGAUGAAGAAUAGAGCGUCGGUCGUUAACGAGGGGGGUUGCUCGUCCUCGAGGAUGAUGCGGCGUGGUGUGUGCAAGUGGUUCGUUCCCGGCCGGUCCGAUCAACGUGUGACACGGUGCGUCGUCAACGUAAAUAGACGUGGAGGUGGCCGGUGGCACCGGUGCCACCGGUUGCCACUUUGCGGGUAAAGCGUGCACACGAUCAUUGAACGCAUGCGCACUACCGUUAUGUCAGUUUAUAGAGAGGCCGAGUACACCCCCUCUUUCACCCGUGCACCCUUCGCCUGUCCAUCGAUGCGUUCUCCUAACCAACCCGAGUGGGGGUAGAGCUCUCCUCUCCGCGGGCUAUCCUCUAGGAGGAUAUCAAACUCAGUCGCAAAGCGUACGUUCGCGCGUGUGUUCGUUUGCGAGUUUCCCUUAUUCAAAGACAAAACUUGCUUACUUGCUUGCUCGUCGCGUGACUUUCGUCAUACUUCAACGCGCUCUUCGUCGGAUUUGAUUUGUGCUUUCGUUUCCAGUUGGAACGGUUCGUUUAUCCAUGUGAGUGGUGAAACAUCGAACAAUCUCCCUAGAUAGUGACUUGUUGAACUUAUUGCUACGAAAUGAGGAGCACGUGGAUUUCCGGUGACAUAGCCGAGGAUCACGAUGAGUGUACUGCACGAGAGAAACCUUGAACUUGAAUCGCUGAAGAUCGUCGAGACCUCGCUGUCUUAACGACUUGUUCUCAUCGGCGUGUCAAAAUCGUGAACAGUCUCGGAAGUGACAGGACAGACAGAGGGUAUAGCCGCGACCACCGAUGGCGGCCGCGAGCUUUCCGCCAAACUUCUCGAACGUCGGCAUAUUGGAGAACUGCGCCGGCAUGGAGGCGGCGAACGGUGCGAUCGAGCACGACUUUCACAAUGCUCUGGUGCCUAUAAACGGUAGCCAUUCCGGCAGCUCCGGGAGGAGUACACCGAAUGGCGGCGACCCAGCACCCGGCAAACUCUUCGUGGGUGGCUUGUCCUGGCAGACCAGUAGCGAGAAACUCAGGGAGUACUUCGGCAUGUUCGGUACCGUCACCGAUGUCCUGAUCAUGAAGGAUCCGGUUACACAGGAGAAGAGAAAUGGGAAACGACGGAAACGACAGAAGAAGGAAAAAUAAAAUAUCUUGAUCUUGAUCAAUUUUUCACGAUAUGAAAUGUGAGGAGUCUUUUACAGAUGUCGCCCGCGAUCGAAAAAACAAUGGUGAUCUUUUUUCGCGGACAUAACCUCGCGAUUCAUUUCAUGACCAAUCGUCGUAAGACUUACUUUGUUACGAUAGCGAUUUAUCAAAUUACCUCAGACACGUUAAAAAAAAUGUUAAAAGAUAAAGAUCUCAAUUUGACGAGUGUGAAAAAGCUAUCGAUCGGACAAUUGUCGACGAUUAUCAAUGUAUAUACAAAUCCUGCUACUGUUUGCGUUAUCAUCCUGUCGAAUAUUGUUCUGUCUGUUUAUAAAAAGCCGAUAAAAAGCCACGAAUGUGGAGACUCUAAAGAUAAAAGUGCUUUUGUAUGUUUAAUCAAGUACAAAAAGUGUACAUACCGUGACUGUAUAAUCAUACGUACGUAUGUGUAAAAAAAGAAUGCUAUCGAAUUAGAAGUGUACUCGUAGGAAAUUGUUGCUCGAGCGACGAUAUCGGCGAGAAUGUGAGAAUUUGAGAAAACUUUACCACUCUGAAUAGUACUCUGUGAUCGUAACCGUGUUGAAUUUAUAUAUAAAAUUCGUUUCAGAAAAAUCAUGUUCUCACCAAUAUCGUGGAUCGUUCGAACGAAUAGAUUUCGAAUCCUAGUCCUUCUAGUCAUAUUAGGAAUCUAGAAUUUCGUAAUAAAUCGUAACUAGUGUAUAAUUUCGAAAGUUACAAAGUUGAAGAGAGAAAAUUUUUCGGAGGGCAACAUGGGAUAAAAACCUUUUCGAAAAGAAGAGGAAGAGGAAAAGGAUGAAGAAGAUAAAACCGAGAAAGCGAGAGGAAAAAGGCGGAAUAUUCGUCGUGCCUGUCCAUCUCCCGCGGAAGGAACACGCAACUGGAAAGAAGCAAUAGGGUGAAAUAAAAAAACAUUAUCAUUUAUUUGUAAA